AUGGGGAAUUUUAAAAACAACACUUUUGUAUUAAAAAGAAUUGCUGUUCGAGCAGCGGCCGUUGCUCUCUGUGUUGCAGUUGUGGGGAUUGUGUGCAGUGGCGCGAAAAACAGCAUGGGCUCUAUAAACGAUCCGGUCAAAGCCCCUCCGAAAGACUUGGCAGACUUUCUAUGGAUCUCGCUGUUCAAAACAAUCAAAAUACUCAGCCUAAUCUCAGAGUCCAUGCUUUCUGUUAACAUGGUUUACAUGGCGACUAAUCCCGGGGUGGUGUGCAAGAUCGCGUGUUUUGUGCAGUUUGUGGUGGCGUCUCUAUUUGUGGUGAAUCUUAAAACAAACAUGAAAAACCUGUUUGAGGCUUUCUCUGGCGAGAGAUAUGUGCUUUUCAAACAUGCCAGUGUCUCUGGGAAGGAAGCUCCGCUCAGCACGAGCCCCAUUAAAAAAACCAGUUCUUCCUUAAAACCCAAAAAGCAGGAAGACAUGACGGGCAAAGGCACAGGGAGCAAGCACACGCCAAUCUCCAUGCCAGAAGUUGACAUGGCCGACCCGCUCGUUGACACGCCUGCUCUGUCUUUCGUAAGGAAUCUGUCCCUGUUCACAAUUGGCGCUGUCUAUGUGUUUUCUCUGGUAAAAACUUUGCUUUUUAUUGGGGGGGUUUCUUUCUUGCUGCUUGAUAGCUUUGUUUUGUCAAACUGGAUGUCCGGGGUUCUAUACGGAAAGUUCCCAUUUUUCUCGGUUUUUGUGGACAUGCUUGCGCUGCUUUCCCAGGCUUCGUGCAGCCCCAAGGGAACACUCCUGUCCGGGGCCCUGCUGUUUUUUGGCGCGUCACUUAGCGACUACUACAACGUGCUGGCCGAACAGAACAGCUACAGAAGGAAGGUUUUUCUGUUCCGAAAGAACAGGAAGGUGCUUGGGAACGUCUUGGUUCGGGGCUUUUUGCUUUUCUUGAUUAUUUCGCUCAAUCUAAACAUCUUUAUUGUUUUCAUGGAUCCCAUUGUUGAAAUGGCGCUGUCAAAGAAAACCGGGGACAUAAUAAUAACAUUGCUUUGUCCCGGCAAAGAGCCGAGAUUGAUCAGAGAUGAAAACCGAAAAGGGAUAAACUAUGACAAAGAGUUGAAAGCCAGCAAAAUAAUCCGCGCUGUGGGCGUGGCUUUUUCGGGGAUAUAUGCGAUUAUUGCCCUCAAGACACUAUUCUUUGCACAUGGAGAGGCCAUGUUUAACGUUGUGAGCGGCGCGCGCUCGAACAAUUUCAUACCGAUAGGAUGA